AUUAAUCUCAAUUCAACUCAAAAUCGAAAGACAGCCUCAAAGAUUUCUGUCCGAUCCGACCCUUUAAAAUCCACACAGGGGUCUAUUGCUCAGUAAUGAUAGAGUGAACACGCUCCACUGUCCCCUCCCAUCUCAAACCCUAAAUUAAGAAAGAAAUCCCCUAAUUUCUCCGCCAUGGCCAAGAAGCGCAAGCUGCGACCCUCUGACCCCGAGCCCACCAAAGCCCCCGAAGCCGAGCCGCAAGAAGAACAGUCACAGGAGGCAACUGUCCCUGUAGAAGAGGAACAACUCCAAUCCGAGCCAGAGCAAAUCCAGGGAGGAGACGCGCCCCAGGAGCAACAAGAGGACAUGGCUGUGGAAGAUUCCAAAGAAGAGGAACACGAGGAGCCCCGGGAAGAGGAACAAAAAGAAGUAGGGGGAAAAGAAUUGGAAGGAGAGCAAGAAGAGCACGAAAACCUGGAUGCCUUAAAAGAAGCCCAAACCGUAACAGCAAAUGGAACCGAGGUAAAGGACGAGGAGGAGGAGGACGACGACGAAGAAGAUGACGAGGAACCUGUGGAGAACCUUCUCGAUACCUUCUCGAAGGAUCAACUUCUAACCCUCAUUAAAAAGGCAGUGGACAAGCACCCGGACUUGAUCGAGGGCGUGCGCGAGCUGGCUGACGCCGAUCCGGCCCACCGCAAGAUCUUCGUCCACGGCCUCGGCUGGGACACCACGGCUGAAAACCUAAUCUCUGUCUUUGGCAGUUACGGUGAGAUCGAGGAUUGCAAGGCCGUCACAGACCGCGUCUCCGGCAAAUCCAAGGGUUACGCAUUUAUUCUUUUUAAGCACCGCAGCGGAACCCGCAAGGCCCUCCGGCAGCCUCAGAAGCAGAUCGGUAAUCGCACCACCUCCUGCCAGCUUGCCUCCUCAGGACCCGUCCCAACCCCACCGCCUGUAACCCCUCCGGUCUCCGAGUACACCCAGCGUAAGAUUUUUGUGAGCAAUGUAUCGGCCGAGGUCGAUACUAAUAAGCUGCUCGACUUCUUUAAGCAGUAUGGGGAGAUUGAGGACGGCCCAUUGGGGCUCGAUAAGCAGACUGGGAAGCCUAAGGGUUUCGCUCUUUUCGUGUACAAGACCGCAGAUAGUGCGAAGAAGGCUUUGGAAGAGCCGCAUAAGAACUUUGAGGGGCAUACAUUGCAUUGCCAGAAGGCUAUAGAUGGUCCUAAACAAAAACAUUAUCACCAACAACCACCCUUUCCUCAUCAUCAGCACUCGCAUUACCAUUCUAGAAAGGAGAAGAAUAAGUAUUCCUCGGCCGGUGCGAGUGGGCCUGGCCAUGGGCAUUUGAUGGCACCGUCAGGCCCCGCGAUAGGGUUCAAUCCAACACAGGGACUGAACCCGGUUCUGGGUCAGGCCUUGUCUACAUUGCUUGCUACCCAGGGAGCUGGUUUGGGGCUCGGUAAUCUGCUUGGUGGUCUCGGUGGCGCCCCUGUGAACCCGGCGGGGCCACCAGCAGGAUAUGGGAAUCAGGCUGGAGGGAGCUAUGGGAACCAGUCGCUGAUGCAGGGUGGAUAUCAUAAUCCACAAAUGGGGCAGAGCAGUGCUGUUAGGCCUCACCCGGGCAGCGGUCCACCAUACAUGGGUCAUUAGAUCCCCUCAUAGAUGCAUCAAAUAUUUUGUUUUGGACUCUGGUGAUUCUUCUGAAGUUCCUGGCACUCUUGCAAACGACAUCUUUAAAUUUGUGCUGGAAAGAUAUUAUUUGCCUUCUAAAAGACCAGAAUCUUAAACUUGUAUUUUCUUUCUAUUUUAGUACUUUUCUCCCCUUCACAUAUUUUCAAAACAAUGUACUAUGAUUGGUUCCAAUAUCUUGCUUCCUAAAAUGUGUUGGGGUACUGUUAUAACUCUUGAGGCAGAGAACAUCAUGUCUUCAUGAUUUUAAGUUUGUUACUAAACACUUUUUUCCCCAAUUAUUGCUUCCUUGGAUUGACAAAUUCAA